GGAAAGUCAGCUUUUGUUCUUUUCUUGAUACAGCAAAAUUAUCUGGCUUCCAUUGCCUACAUCCCGAUCUCUUCCUUUCGCUUCCUGUCUACCAGAUUUUGCAAGCGUAAUCUUGACCCACCAUUUACUGGAAAAUAUCAAUGCGACCGAUUAUGGCGAUGCGUAGCUCGUUUCUUUUAUCUUCACGACUCAUCAGACCUCUGACCAUCGGCAAACAAUGUGUGCGAUGCUUCCAUAAACACGCAUCUACGCCUUCUGUGCCUUCGCCAACACCAUUUGUCCCUGACGUCGAAACAUUUCUUACGUUGAUUGGCCGUGGCAUGACUAAACAUGCGAGCAAGCUGCCUUCAUGGGAGAAGCUGUUUACCCUCAGCUCUGCUGAGCUCCGGGAUAUUGGCAUUGAGCCGACUCGUCAACGGCGUUAUCUGCUCCGGAAAAGGGAGAAAUUCAGGAAUGGAGUCUUUGGGCCGGGUGGUGACCUGGAACAUGUUGUUGAUGGUACAGCCCAAUUGCGCGUAGUUGAGGUUCCAUUGACAACGGACAAUCAAACCUCAGGCCCCUCCAACUCCUCGGCCAUGCUCUCUCCAGGGAUGAGGAAAGUGAUUGUCAAUCUGCCACCUGAUGCUUCCGAAUAUACACACGACCCAUCGAAACCGCUCAAAAAGUUCGCGCACAUGAAGAUCCAUCGUGGUUCCAUGCUUAGCGGACCAUUCUUACGACCAAUCAAAGGCACAGAUAACUGCGCAGCUCUAAUAAAAGUCCAGGAAGGCAUGUGGGAGGACAAGUUGGGACACAAGGUGGAUGGUGGUGAAAGGAGACGUGCCGAGGUUAGGGCUAAAAAGAGGAGUGAGGAAAGGAGGAAGGGAACAGCAUAAAUCUCAUGAAUUUAUGAGAACUGCGGCGAAUGAUUGUCUUACCUGUAUAAUAGUUUACUGUACUUUUUUGGGGUUUGAAUCGCAAUAACAUCAAUUCACUGACUA